CAAACAACAACGCCGUGCUUCACCUCUACCGCCUCUCCAAGUCGCAUAGGCUGCUUACUAAUCACGCAAAUGAUGGCCGGUAACAUGCUGAAAGGCGCACCUUUCGGGGAGGCGCCUUCCAUACCCAGUCGAGCCGAGUCGAACUACAAUCCACUGCACACAUUCGAGCUUCCGAAGGGCACAGAGAAGAACUAUGCACACCAAUUUGCCGACAUGUACUUUCUGCGGUUGGCGCAAUUGAAGAAGGCCGUGAAACAGAAGGCCCAUGAUGCGUGGGACGACUUCGAGCUGGGUGGGGAGAAGGCGACAUUUGUCGAGCGUGUGCUCGAUGUACGGCAGGGCGAGCUCUGCUGGAUAGUUGGCACAGUAUACAUGGAGAUGGCGCUGAAACCCAACGUUCUGGAUGACAUCUCGAAAGAGCAUUGGAUUGCCGCACCGCCGCCUCGCGAGACAUAUGUGUCUGGCGCACAGGACGAGAUGAUGCUGGAGGACGAGUCUGGGCGUCUGCGUGUCACUGGCGAGAGCUUGAACUCGACAUACGUCACUGGCUGUGUGCUUGCGGCACUCGGGACAGAACAGGCAGACGGCACAUUUCAAGUCAUUGCGACUCAAUAUGCAGAUCUGCCACGGCAGCCUGAACGUUGGGAGCGCGACGAUGCUGCCAUGACACAAGCGAAGAAGCCGAAGCUAAAGCGAGGGCAAGCUGGAAAGAUAGCAAUCGUGUCUGGGCUAGGAAUCACAGGAACAGAUGAUGACGAGCUAUCACUCGAUCUACUCCUCGAAUAUCUUACAGGCGAAGCAGCAGGACCGCCGACACAGACUGCUGCAAGCUCGAUAUCGCGGCUCAUAAUAGCCGGCGACUCACUCUCACACGCCAGCCCCAUCCUGUCUCGCGAAGACUUUGCCGAAAAGAAGAGCAAAAGGCACGCCUACGGCUACGACGCCUCAGCGUACAACGCCUCGCCCGCCGAACGCCUCGACGAAUUCCUCUCCGACGUUCUGCCCACUCUCCCCAUAACACUUCUCCCCGGUGCAAACGAUCCCGCCAACGUCGCUCUCCCCCAACAGCCGCUCCAUCCCGCUCUCUUCCCCAAGAGCAGACUCUACGCCGAACCGCCCGUGAAGACAAACGAGACAAUACACGGUCUAGACGCAGUCACCAAUCCGUGGGAAGGGGACAUAGAGGGCUACCGCGUGCUCGGCACAGGCGGGCAGACCGUCGCCGACCUGCUGAAAUACGUCGACGACGUCGAUGCGCUGGAGGUCAUGGAGAUGAUGCUUAGGUGGCGUUGUAUUGCUCCUACGGCGCCGGACACGCUGUGGUGCUAUCCGUUCCAGGACGAUGACCCGUUGCUGUUAAAGGACUGUCCGCAUUUAUAUUUUGCGGGGUGUCAGGACAAGUUCGGAAAGAAGGUUAUCGAGGGCCCGGCGGGUCAGAGCGUGUUGCUGGUCAGUGUGCCGAGGUUCAGGGAGACGGGGCAGCUUGUGCUGUUGGAUCUGGAGUCGAGUGAGAUCGAGGUUGUCGAGAUUGGGAUCGUACAGCCUGGGUCAUGAUGGCGAACAUAUCUUCAAGAAUAUGAGGCCAUAAAGACGGGGGACACGACGUGUACGAUACCCAUGUUGUGGGGGGUGAAUUAGCUACUUCCCUGCCGCAAGAGAUAGAGGCAUACUUUGGACUCAGCUAGUCCGACGUGUACCACGAACAAUACACCAUGUGAGGAAGCGCCCACAUGAUGGUUAUUAGCUGAAGGCAUAUCCAC